GGAGAGAACGAGUUUGGCAUGCGCGGACACGCGGAUGCGGAUUAUCGCGGUACACUGGACCUGAGCUCAGCAUCACUACAGCAGCGCUCCAGCACUCGCAACCUGGAUUUAACAUUUCUUGAGAAACACUGUGAAUAAACAGGAUUGUAAAUUAGGGGAAUUCAUUCUUCUUGGUUUAUAAGGUUAGGCAUACAUGUAGCUGUUACCAUGUGGCGAUAUAACAGAAUCACAAAUAUGGAGCAUCUGUGUUUAAAUCCUGGAAGUCUGCUCGAGAGAACAUCAUCAGUCCAGCCUUGCUAACACAGCCUCGCUUGUCCAUUUCUCGUCUAAAGACUCUUCGGAAUUAAUCCUGGUGGCCCUAAACAAAUUUUGGAAUAGCAGUCCCGUGGCCUUACCUUCUUCGUCCACAUGGUUAUCAUCUUAAGGAUUUGACAUUUCUUCAAUGGGCUUCCCAUCACAUACCAGAAAACUCAAUUGAGGAAUUUAUUGUGUUCGUUGCCUGAGGAACUCUCAAAAUCAUUGUUACCAUGCCUCCCCUUUGCCGGCCCCAUUGUGUACUAUUGCUGCUCAGCACCGUCCUGAGUCUCGGUUUGGGCCUAGAAUUCACCGGCUCUGAGGGCCAGUGGGCACGCUAUCUUCGCUGGGAUGACAGCACCAGAAGUGACCUCAAAUUUCAGUUUAAAACGGCAAUAUCAGACGCUCUGGUUCUCUACUUCGACGAUGGAGGAUACUGCGACUUCUUGCUCCUGACCAUCAAAGAAGGCAAGCUUAAGUUGCUUUUCAGCAUGGACUGUGCAGAAACAACAAUAACCUCUGACAAGUUGGUCAACGAUAGCCGCUGGCACUUCGCCACCAUCAGCAGACACAACUUGCGAACAGUGCUGGCGGUAGACGGAGAGUCCAAAGCGGAUGAGGUGAGACCGCAGAGGCAGUUUAUGAAGAUCGUCAGUGACCUGUAUGUUGGAGGUGUGCCUCAGGACAUUAGGACAUCUGCCCUAACUCUACCAGCGGUUAAGGAGAUGACACCGUUCAAGGGGAUUAUUACGGAUCUGGGUUACGGAAAUCAGGUUCCAACGCGUUUGGGAAGCCAAAAAGUCCGAUUAGAGAUGGAAGGCUUGUGUACAGAGAACCCCUGCGAAAAUGGAGGCAUCUGCACCAUGGCUGAUGGCGAGGCUUACUGUGACUGCUCCAGAACGGGAUAUGUAGGCCGGUACUGCAAUGAAGCUGUCAACAAAACCCCUGGGUUCGCGCAUAUGGUGAAGUCUCCGCAAGGUAGAAACAAAGCACGUGAGGAGAACGUGGCGACGUUCAGGGGUUCCGAGUACUUCUGCUAUGACUUGUCUCAAAAUCCCAUCCAGAGCAGCAGCGAUGAGAUCACCCUGUCCUUCAAAACCUGGCAACGCAACGGUCUCAUCCUGCACACGGGCAAGUCGGCUGACUACGUCAACUUGGCGCUGAAGGACGGCGCUGUCUCGUUGGUCAUCAACCUGGGCUCAGGAGCCUUCGAGGCUAUAGUUGAGCCUGUCAAUGGAAAGUUCAAUGACAACGCCUGGCAUGACAUCAAAGUGACACGCAACCUGAGACAGCACUCAGGCAUUGGACACGCUAUGGUGACUAUAUCAGUAGAUGGUAUACUGACCACCACCGGAUACACACAGGAGGAUUACACCAUGCUGGGCUCGGAUGAUUUCUUUUACGUGGGGGGGAGCCCGAGCACAGCUGACCUGCCUGGAUCUCCGGUCAGCAAUAAUUUCAUGGGUUGUCUGAAAGAGGUGGUGUACAAAAAUAAUGACAUACGACUGGAACUCUCUCGCCUGGCCCGCAUCGCAGACCCCAAGAUGAAGCUUCAGGGAGACGUGGUGUUUAAAUGUGAGAACGUCCCCACCCUAGACCCCAUCUCCUUUGAGACGGCAGAGUCCUUCCUCAGCCUGCCCAAGUGGAACACCAAGCGCGUGGGCUCCAUCUCAUUUGACUUCCGCUCCUCAGAACCCAAUGGUCUCAUCCUCUAUACGCAAGGCAAGCCCCAGGACAAGAAGGACUCUCGCAAUCAGAGGAGCAACAAAGUGGAUUUCUUCGCUGUGGAGCUUCUGGAUGGAAACCUUUAUCUUCUGUUAGACAUGGGAUCGGGAACCAUUAAGGUCAAAGCCACACAGAGUAAGGUGAACGAUGGAGUGUGGCAUCACGUAGACAUCCAGAGAGAUGGAAGAUCAGGUAUUAUUUCCGUGAACAGCCGUAGGACUCCGUUUACUGCCAGUGGAGAGAAUGAGAUUCUGGACCUGGAGGGUGACCUGUAUCUCGGAGGUCUCCCGGACAACCUGUUUGGCCUGGUGCUUCCCACCGAACUUUGGACUGCUGUGCUGAACUAUGGCUACGUGGGCUGCAUCCGCGAUCUCUUCAUUGAUGGACGCAGUAAGGACAUCAAGCAGAUCGCAGAAUUCCAGAACAGGGCUGGUAUUAAGUCUUCCUGCAGCAAAGUAACAGGAAAACAGUGUGACAGCAACCCCUGCAAAAACAACGGCAUAUGCAAGGAAGGUUGGAAUCGCUUCAUCUGUGACUGCACUGGAACCGGUUACUGGGAUCAGACCUGUGAGAGAGAGGCGUCUAUCCUGAGCUACGACGGCAGUAUGUAUAUGAAGGUGGUGAUGCCCACUGUCACACAUACAGAAGCUGAGGACGUGUCUCUGCGCUUUAUGUCCCAGCGUGCCUUUGGUCUGUUGAUGGCAGCCACGUCACGUGAGUCCGCAGACACACUGCGUCUGGAGCUGGACAGCGGCCGCGUCAAACUGACCGUCAACUUAGAUUGUGGCAGGAUAAACUGUAACGCCAGUAAAGGCCCAGAGACACUGUACGCAGGCCUGAAGCUGAAUGACAACGAGUGGCACUCGGUUCGGGUGACGCGGCGUGGUAAAAACCUCAAACUCAUGGUGGACGAUGAUGUGGCAGAAGGUCAGAUGAAUGGUGACCACACUCGUCUGGAGUUCAGUAACGUUGAGACCGGUAUCCUGACCGAGCGGCGCUUUGCCUCUACGGCGCCAUCCAACUUCAUCGGUCACCUGCAGGGUCUAAAAUUCAACGGCCUCCUCUACAUCGACAUGUGCAAGAAUGGCGACAUCGAGUUCUGCGAGCUCAACGCUCGCUUUGGCACGCGCUCCAUCGUGGCCGACCCGGUCACCUUUAAGACGAAAGGAAGCUACCUGGGUCUUGCUACGCUUCAGGCUUACAGUACCAUGCACCUCUUCUUUCAGUUUAAAACCACCUCGGGAGAUGGUUUUAUACUGUUUAACAGUGGAGACGGGAAUGAUUUCAUUGCCGUGGAGCUUGUCAAAGGGUAUAUCCACUAUGUGUUUGACCUGGGAAACGGGCCGAGCCUUCUGAAGGGAAACAGCGACAGUCCACUCAAUGACAACCAGUGGCACAAUGUGGUGAUCACACGGGACGCCAGCAACACACACACGCUCAAGGUGGACGCCAAGUCUGUCAGCCAGGUUGUCAAUGGAGCAAAAAAUCUAGACCUGAAAGGCGAUCUAUUUGUGGCCGGUCUGGGGCCCAACAUGUACCAAAACCUGCCGAAGUUGGUGGUAUCUCGUGAGGGUUUCCAGGGCUGCUUGGCUUCCAUGGAUCUUAACGGUCGUUUGCCGGACCUCAUAAACGACGCUCUGUUCCGCAGCGGACAAAUUGAACGCGGUUGUGAAGUUGGUUUCACUAAAGCUGACCUGCAAGGUCCCAGCACCACAUGCCAAGAGGACUCGUGUGCCAACAUGGGUGUAUGCAUCCAGCAGUGGGAGAACUUCACCUGUGACUGCUCCAUGACCUCCUACUCCGGCACUCAGUGCAAUGACCCUGGAGCGACGUACAUCUUUGGAAAAGGCGGAGGACUUAUCACAUACACAUGGCCCAAUAACGAGAGACCCAGCACUCGAACCGAUAGACUGGCGGUGGGCUUCAGCACCACCAUCAAGGACGGGAUUCUGGUCCGCAUCGACAGCGCCCCCAGACUAGGAGACUACAUCAUGCUUCAUAUCGAGGAAGGAAAGGUGGGGGUAACCUUCAACAUCGGCACCGUGGACAUCAGCGUCAAAGAGAUGUCUACAGACGUCAACGAUGGGAAAUAUCACGUGGUGCGCUUCACAAGGAAUGGGGGGAACGCCACCUUACAGGUGGACAACUGGCCAAUCAACGAGCACUUUCCAUCAGGCAACAGCGACAUUGAGCGUUAUCAAAUGGCUAAUAAGAAAAUCCCGUUCAAAUAUACCCGGCCGGUCGAAGAUUGGCUACAUGAGAAAGGUCGUCAGCUGACCAUUUUUAACACCCAAGCCACCAUCUCGAUAGGCGGCAAUGACCGCAAGCGUCCGUAUCAAGGCCAGCUUUCGGGGCUCUAUUACAACGGUCUGAAGGUUCUCAACAUGGCAGCUGAAGGUCAUGCCAACAUCAAGAUUAAUGGCAGCGUGAGGUUGGUGGGGGAAGUGCCCACUAGCAGGAGUCCCUCACGCACCACCACCUCUAUGCCACCGGAGAUGUCCACCACUUUCAUCGAGACCACCACCACCCUGUCGACCACCACCACCAGAAAACAGCGCUCACCGCCCACUAUUCAGACGACGGACGACAUCGUGUCCUCAGCAGAAUGUUCCAGUGAUGACGAGGACCUGGAGGAGUGUGACGGGGGACACACAGGAGGGGAGUUAGUCAUCCCCAUUCUAGUCGAGGAUCCUAUAGACAUCCCUCCCGUUUUCACUCGAGUCCCUUUCAUCCCUCUUCCCCCAACCCUUCACCCCGUCCUCACCAUUAUUGAAACCACCAAAGAGUCCCUGUCAAUUGCCACCGAAGCGGGGGUACCUUGCUUGUCGGACCGAGGCAGCGAUGAUUGUGAUGAUGAUGGUGAUGAUGAUGAUGGUGAUGGCUUGGUGAUAUCGGGGUUUGGCUCAGGGGAGGCCUUCGACUCGAGCCUCCCCCCCACUGACGAUGAAGAUUUUUACACCACCUUCUCCCUGGUAACAGAUAAGAUCUUGACCACGUCGACCUUCGAAGGCGGCUACAAAGCUCUCGCACCCAAGUGGGAAGUAAAGGACUUUAAGCCUAACAAGGCCUCUGAGGCGGGCAGGCCUACGGUUGUCCCACCUCUGCCUGACCUCAGAAGCUCGGCAUCGUCGCCCGUCAUGCCCGAGACCGCGCCCAAAAUCCCAGCCGGGAAAAUGAACAACCGCGAGAUCAAACCCCAACCGGACAUAGUGUUGCUACCGCUCCCCACGGCUUACGACGCAGACGGCACCAAACCCAGAGGGCCAUACAUCACUCAGCCCAUGUUACGCACUAUCCCCAGCGCCCUGCCCACAGUUCCAGGUAUCAGGAGACUGCCCCCCGGUGCCUCGGAGGUGAUACGCGAGUCUAGCAGCACAACGGGCAUGGUGGUGGGUAUAGUUUCCGCUGCCGCCCUGUGCAUCCUCAUCCUCCUCUAUGCCAUGUACAAAUACAGGAACAGGGACGAGGGCUCGUAUCAGGUAGACGAACAGAGGAACUACAUCAGCAAUUCAGCACAGAACAACGGCACUGUAGUGAAAGACAAACAACCCAGCACUAAGGGUGCCGGCAACAAGAGACCCAAAGAUAAAGACAAGGAAUACUAUGUAUAAAACAAAAUCCCACACACAAACAUUUGAGAAAUCUUGGACUGGGAGCAGUGAUUUCACACCGAAAAUGCUUUAAGAACUCAAUCGCGCUGAGUCAAAAUGGACCCAUUUCCAAGUUCUGUGAUUUGAAGCACACUUAAAACGGUAAGCGUAGGGAGAAGGCGAGAAGGACUCUGGGGACCUUGAUACCUUACUUUCUGUCUGGUUGUGGGACAGUACCAGUGUAAAAUAUCUCAUUGUUACAUUGUUACCCCUCAAGUGACUUUCAGAGGUAUGAAAAUCCUUGGUGUAAAAAAGACGAAAGAAAAAAAAACAAAGCAACCCUUGUCCAUCAUAAUCCUGUACAAAACGACAAUGAUCAUGGGUCAUGAUUUUGGGCAUGCAUGUGACGUGUGUGAUGUAGUACUGAUAUCUUUGCAAAGAUGAGAUUGGGAGGAUGAGUUGUUGUGGAGACCAAGUGGGAAAAUUUGCCAUAAAACGCAGUACUAUUUUAACCCACGCUGGAGGGGAAACCAUCCAUUAGACAAAUGGUGUUUUUUAAUUGUGUUGGAAUAUGUGUUUCAGGGGUUUACCAUGGAAAAUGACAGAUGAACUUUUUCUAGUUUUUGUUAACAUUUUUUUCUCCGUUAGCAUUCUCCUUUUUCCUUUGAUUUCUUUGUCAUUUUCUCUUUCGGUGUCUGUCAAAAACAGACUCGCACUGAAUGAAACUCUGUCAUGUGUAGCCAGAUUCACCUUAGGAAUGGAAAACGAGACAUUCUGUAGUACAUCAUAAAUUUCUGUCAUAAAUGCUUAAGUCAUUUGCUUAACACAUUUCACACCAUAUGGAGCAACUGUGAGCGAAGCAAUGCACGGCAGAGGGCUGGAGUUGAUUUACAGAAGCUGAAUCCAAUGUGAACAAGUGUAUAUUUCAUGUCACAGUCAACUGUGUCAAACAAUAAAUAUGUUUACAUAUUUUGUUACAUCAUAACUGUUGUACUUUGUAGCUCAUCAUUCUACAUGAGUUGAUUUUGAGAUUUUCGUACUCUUUCUGUACUAAUUGAACAUUAAGUUUAGUUUAUUGCAGUUCAGACGGUGGGGUGCAAAAGUCUACGACCACUAAUCAUAUGAAUGAAAAAGUCUAAUAUAAGAUUUGAAAUUAUGCUGAGGUAACAUGGAUGCUGCAGCCUAUGACUACAUGGACACCAGAACAAAAUAUGCAUUUACAGUACAUGCACUCUGUUGGCAGCUUACUUUCAACCCCAAUAUACAUGCGGUUUAGUCAGUAACAAGGUUUUUUUCUACCUUCACAACAGGGUUUCUUUUAACAGUGUGGUUUCAUUAUCUUACUCCCUAACCAUAUGACUCCAGUGUCUACCUACUAGUGUUGUCACCAUACCAUAAACAUAUCUUACAAUACUUUACCAGUUGAAGUAUCACGAUACCAUGUAUUAUCCUGAUAUUGUGCCCUGUUCUGGUGAUUCAUAAUUAAAAUCUACAAAAUGAACCAAAAUGACCUAAAUAUUCAGAUCUAGAGGAAUCAGUCCCAGUUUUGAAUACUUUAAUAUGAUAGAAUACAAGGCCAAACAUACAAAUGGCAUGAAGCAAUCCACAUGAAAAAAUACUGCAGUAUACUUUUAUACUUACUAUAGUAAACUGUGGUAAACUAGUGCAGUAUUACUUCACUUAUUGAAUGUGUACAACAGUAUUUUGUAGUAUUAACUAUAGCUUUCCUAUAGCUCAGUGGUUAGAGCAUGGCGCUAGCAACCCCAAGGUUAGAAACAAAAUGUAUAGUAUGAUGCAAUGUGAGUCGCUUUGAAUAAAAGCGUCUGCCAAAUGCAUAAAUGUAAAUGUAGUAAUUGGAUAAACUAGUAAAUAUUCUGGUGUAAUAUUUACUGUGGUAAGAUGUCUAGGAAUUUAACCACAGUUUACUGUGGUAAAUACAUAUAUUGUAUACUGUAAUAAGUAUACUACAACAGUUUUCAUGUGGGAACGAAUAGAAUGUACAACAUUUCAACUAUACAGCAACAUUGUAAAAAAAGCUUAGAAAAACAGAAAUUUUCUGGCAGCUAGGUCGCCAGAAAUAUUACAUAAAAUAACAGUUUUUCCUGUAAAAUUACAUGGUUUACCCUGUUUUUCUUAUAAAUCCGCGGUCUUCUUCUGUAAUUUGACAGGUUUUUUUUACCGUGUUUCAAAAAUACACAAAAUAAAAUUUAGAAAACUGUAAAAUUACGUUUUUGUUUACAGUGAAUGUUUGAACAUAUGCAAGGCAACGUAAAAUUACAGUUUUUUGGACAUUAUAUGUGGACAAAUCUGUACCAAAAAAACAACAACAAUAAAAUUCUGUAAAAUAGUAUUUUUUACAGUGAAUGUUUGAACAAAUGCAAGGCUUUCCUGACACUAAAACGGCCAGUAGGUGGCUGCAAAUUUUCACUAAGUGAACGAAUCAUUCAACCGAUUCGUUCAAAACAGCUGAUUUAUUCAAGAACGUUGCAAGAGACUUUUUGAAAUAACUCAUCCAAUCGUUGACUCGUCAGAAUUGUUCAAAACAUGGAUUUAUUUAUAAACGAAACACAGCUGUGUUAGAGAAUGUUUAAAAAUCAGCCUUUUUUUGUUUACAUGACUAGAAAACUCACCAACUUUUUAUUUUUGAAAUGCUACUUUCUGCAAAAACCCUGGAAUAAACCGUUUUCUUAAAUGCAUGGAAAUGCCAUGACAGCUGGAGUGCAUGCUAUCAAUAAUGUAAAAGCAGACAUACCAAAUACUAACACAUGUUUCACUCAGAUUGUUAUGCAUCAGCAAAACAAAAUCAAUUGAAAUUACAUUUUGUAUUAAAUUUGAAAAUAAUUUCCACUAGUGUUCUCUGACGUUUGAACCCCACUGCACAUGGAGAAAGUGUUAUGAAAGAGUAUUGUUGGGUCAAUCCAUCUCUAGGGUUUUGUAUAAGUCACAUGUAUGAGUAAGACUGCAAGACGUCAACUGAUAGAAAUUGCCCUCCACACUUGAAUCCAGGCUCCAUGUCACUGGUUAUUUAACUCCAGGUUCUUGUUUUCUAUUUAAACAAUGUUACAAGUGCUCACAUAAUAAAGGUGGAUGAUGGAUUCACACUGCUGCCACAUGGAGCUGAGGAUGAUUUGUUUUUUGUUUUUGUUUCGUUUAAUGUAUUUAUGAUUUUUCAAUAUGUUCCGCUGUUAUUGUGCAGUCUUUAAGUUUGUUGAUUUAUGACCAUUUGUGCUGGCAGUAGUUGGAAUUUGUCAUCUUUUCUACUCAUGUUCAUUUCUUGUUUUGUUAUCGCGGCACUCUGAUUUGUGCGCCGUCAUUUUGUGUUCUUCGUUUCUCGAUUCGUCAAUUAUUGUUUUCACUCUUGACUUUCAGCUGUCCAGCAAUAAAAUGUUCCCAAUUGUUUUCAACGC